UUAUAUCAGCCUAUGGCCGCGCUCACUUCCAGCUCAUUCUCAGCAAUGGCGCAGUUGUGUUCGCCUGUCGCGAUGUGCAUCUCCUCUUGCCUUGGGCUGCUGCUGCUUUUCCUCCCGGCGCUGUUUGCGGGAAGCAUCGGGAUGCCCGGAGGCCUGACGCCUCGCUCCGUCUCGGAUCCCGACGUGCAGAAGGCCGCUGCCUUCGCCGUGUCCGCCUACAACCAGGCCAGCAACAACAUGUUCUAUUGCCGCCAGCUGAGCAUCCUCAAGGCGGAGAGCCAGGUAAGGACGCGGGGGGCUUGCAAGAAAUUCUUGGGCCCCUUUUCCACUCUCCAUCCCUAAAACUGUUUUUUUUUAAAACCACUUAACCUCUCUCUUCACACCAGCCUUCCCCAGCCUGGUGCCCUCCUGCUGUCUUGGCCUGUCAUUAGCCUCCAGCCCACAGCCCAAAGCAGCCGAAAGGGCGCAGGCUGACAUAGAGAAGUAGCCUAGUCGUUGAAGGAAGGAGGGCCUCGGGGGGUGGAGAGGGGAAUGGAAGGGCUGUAACUCAGCCGUAGAGCAUCUGUCUUGCGUGUAGAAGGUCCCAGAUCAUAGCUGUCAACCUUCCCUUUUUUUGCGGGAAAUUCCCUUAUUCCAGCUCCGUUUCCCGCUGCUAUCCCGGAUUGUUUGAUAUCCCGUAGACUGUCCCUGGGGCAGGUGAGGCUGCUGAUCCCUUAUUUCCGAGGCUAAGGAUCCCUUAUUUUCAAACCUGAAAGUUGACAGCUAUGUCCCAGAUUGAAAAGCAGGGUGCAAGUUGUCAUUUAUCUGCCUUGAAUGCAGAAGAUCCCAGGUUCAGUCCCUGGCAUCCCUAGGUAGGGCUGGGAGAGACACGCCCCCCCCCCCCCUGAAAUGCUGGAGAUUCACUGAUGCCAGACAGUGUAGACAAUAAUGGGCAAGACGGAUGAACGGUCUGUUGGUUUAAAGGCAACUUCUUAAGUUCCUGGAAGCUGGGGGCGAAGGGAAGAGAAUUGAGAUGGGUUGACACAGUAGGAGAGAGAGUGUGUUUGUGUGGUGGUUUUUUGUAGGGGGGAGGAGUCCUAACAAAAGGACAGGAUUGGAAAUCAUGGCUCCUUAAGAGCUGUCACGGACUGCUAAAUGCCCCCAGGCCAAGUGGCAAGCUGAAUAAAUGCAUGAUGUUCUGGCACCUGCUGUAGACUAAUGAUGUGUACAUACAAACGCUCAUUUUAAAUUCAGUUUUCUUAAAUGCUUCAGUGUGAACCUAAGUCAAGCAAAAGGUUAAACACUAAGCCCCGCCCCCCCGCUAGAAAGGCUAAAAUAUCUAGGUAUGUAGACUGGGCUUUCUUUCCCCCACCAUCCCUGGGGGGAAAUGGCACUGGGAUGUAGAAGUCUAGGGUCCUGAGACAAAAAGGAACAAGGUAGUCCUCACUGAGGGUGAGGAUUGUGGAGGUGCAGUGUGUGUUUGCAGAGCAGGAAGUGAGAGGUACUGAAAAAGAUUCAGAGGUAACAUUACUUAUUUAUGGCAACUCCUGUCCUGCCUUUCAGGAUAUCCCCCCCCCCCCAGGUGGCUUGCAAAUACAUUCCCAGAAAAUACAAACUCAUAUUAGCAUAUGAAAAAGCCAUCGGGUUCUGAGUUGGUGAUAGAAAAGGAAGUGAUGGCCACCCAUUUUGAUGGCUUUAAAAGAGGAUUGGACCAAUUCACAGGUGCAGAAGGCUGUCAAUGGCUAUUUGUCAUGAUGGCUAUUCUCUACCUCUGCAGUCAAAGGCAGUACAGUGGUACCUCUGGUUAAGUACUUAAUUCGUUCUAAUGGGGCCUCCCGCUGCUGCCGCGCCGCCACCACGCGAUUUCUGUUCUCAUCCUGAAGCAAAUUUCUUAACCUGAGGUACUAUUUCUGGGCUAAAGGUAAAGGGACCCCUGACCAUUAGGUCCAGUCGUGACUGACUCUGGGGUUGUGGCGCUCAUCUUCUUUUAUUGGCCGAGGGAGCUGGCGUACAGCUUCCGGGUCAUGUGGCCAGCAUGACUAAGCCGCUUCUGGCAAACCAGAGCAGCGCACAGAAACGCCUCCGUUUACCUUCCCACCAGAGCGGUACCUAUUUAUCUACUUGCACUUUGAUGUGCUUUCGAAUUGCUAGGUUGGCAGGAGCAGGGACCGAGCAACAGGAGCUUACCCCGUCGCGGGGAUUCGAACUGCCAACCUUCUGAUCCUCAAGUUCUAGGCUCUGUGGUUUAACCCACAGUGCCACCUGUGUCCCAUUUCUGGGUUAGUGGAGUCUGUAACCUGAAGCGUAUGUAACCCGAGGUACCACUAUAAUACUUCUGGAAACUGUUUGCUGGAAACUUCACGAAGGGAGAGUGCUCUUGUACUUGGGUCCUUGCUUGCAUCUGGGGCAUCUGGCUGACCACUGUGAGGAUGCUGGAUUGCAUGGGCUAUCGGCCUGAUCCAGCAGGACUCUUUUCAUGUAGAACUGAGCACGUGGUUCAUUUAAUGACACUAACCUUUAAUUGCAUCUGUUUACAUCAAUCUAGUUCCUGCCUCCGUAUCUCUCAAGAUAUAUAUAUAUCUUGCAUUACUCUGCUAAAUGUCAAAUGCCUAAUUUGUUUUCCAGGUGGUGGAGGGUAUGAAAUACUACUUGACUGUCAAGUUGGUGAAUACCCUGUGUGAGAAGAAGGGAGGGUCAAACCUGAGUGCUGAGGACCUCCAGCGCUGCAGCCUGCCCUUGGAAGGAGAACAGCAGGUGAGACUAGGAACCAGAUGUGUUGACCGGGGACCUCACAGCUUCUUUGUGUUUAUUCAGUGAUAAGAAAGGCUGGGUGUUCCCUGUACAACACAGUUUAAAACUGCCGUAGAUGGAGCAGCUUUGAUGAUGCGACUUUCCAGCCCUUCAUACAGCCUUAGGAAUUUGUGAAUAUCCUCAGUUUUGUUGAGUAAUCCCAAGAUACAAUAAUGAUUCCCUGAACAGCCUGGUGCUCAUCUGGUGAUCUGGACUACAGCUUCCAUCAGCCACAGUCAGCUGUGGGAUGCUAGAGCUGAUGAGAGCAUAAUUGUUAUAAUUAUUAAUUGCCCACCUUUCAUCCUUAGUUCCCAGGGUGGGUUACAACAGUUAAAAGACAAUAUUCUACCUAACUGGGUAAGCUUGCCUGAACAAAGCUGUUUUUAGAAGGCACCAAAAGGGAUAUAUAGCCUCUGCUGAUGCCAUUGGGCAGGGAUUUCCAAAGUGUUACACUACCACACUAAAAUAUUGAUUUAUUAGGAAUGCAAAAUGAGUAUUCUGUGUCACCUGUAACAGUGUCAGUUCCACAGAUCAAAGUAGUUGACUGGGCAUAUAUGGGGUGAAGCAAUCUCACAGGUAAACUGGUCCUAAGCUGUUCAGGGCUUUAUAUACUCCUAGUAACACCUUGAACCUGGUCCGGUAGCAAAUCGGCAAGCAGUGUGGGUCUCUGAGCAUAGGUGUUAAUAAGCUGACAGGGUCAACUCCUGUUAGAAAUUGUGCUGCAGCACUCUGCACUAACUGCAGCUUCUGGUUCGAGCGUAAGGGAAGCCCCACAUUGCAGCCAGUCUGUGCCUAGCAUUCCCCACUGCCAGCAAGCGCAUGGGAAUCUGCCUUAAGCAGAAUCAGACCCUUGGUCCAGGUGCCCACUGCUGUCAAUGCUGAGUGGCAACAGCUCUCCAGGUUUUUCAGAUGGGAGGGGGUAUUUCCUAGUCCUGCCUGGGAAUGCUGAAGAAUCUAACCAGGGAACAUUCUGCAUUCAGUUCAGAUGUCCUGGCACUGAACUGCAGCCUUCCUUGUGCAGAAUGUAACCUUAGGCCUAUUUCACCUGCCUGGUUGGUGUCGGAUUAGAGCAUUAUAUAAGUAGUGUUUAUCAUGUCCUAAGAAUGUUGUGAGGAACUCCUUCCUGUGUUUAAUGACUAAUCACUGUAAAUAAGCAAGAGACAGCUUCUCUUGUUGAAACUGGCAGCCAGCCAGCCGUUUAAUCUUCUUGUCAUUUCCACAGUUAUAUUUCUUCACAUCCUGCCUUUUCCCCUGAUGGAACUCAAGGCAGCUUACAGAUAAAAACAAGAACCGCUAAGAAAAAGCAAUCAUUAAAAAAAGUAAACAUUGGUGGAAUGAAAACUAUAACCACAUAUAAAAUCUAUUAAAGCCAGACAAUUACAAUAAGAAGAGCAUGGCAUCAGCCCUUUCAUUAAAAGUGGUCUGUUCCUCAAAUCCUGUUGGAACCAGAAAGUUUUUGCUUGCCAGAGGAACUAAGGCAAGGAAGGAGCCAGUCGAACUUCUCUAGGGAAGGAGCUCCAGAAUUUGGGAGCUGUCACUGAGAAGGCCCUCUCUCCCAUCCCCACCAAGUGGGUCUGUAAGGGUAGUGGGACCAAGAGAAAGGCCUCCCUAAAAGACCUCAAAACCUGAGCAGGUUUGUAUGAGAGAGUGCGGUUUUUCAGAAAAGCUUGGACUUGAGCUGUUGAAAGCCACAACUCUUGAAAUGUGUAGUCUCUUGGCCAGUGAGUAUUUCCUACCACCACACCUUGUUGACCUGCCAUUCUCGCACAGAAGUAAAUCAGAACAGCCUUUGUGGAUGAAAACCAAUUGUGGCUCUCCAGGUGUUGAUGGACUUCCCACCUCAGUAGUCUCUGGCUGGUGUCAGGUGGAGUCCAGCAACAUCUGGAGGACCACAGAUGGAAACCCGAGCAAAAAUGGGAUUUCCAUGGGGCUUCCUCAUUCACUAUUUUGCUAGGGUUUGGCAUGGGUUUUAUUUAUUUAAAGAAAGCAAUAGUAGUUUUGCUCAUCAGUAACCAGCUGCCCACCUGUGGACACUUACAGAUAGGACAUGAAUGUGCUGGUUGUUCUUUUGUUCACACUCUGGGUAGACUGCUUCUGUAUAAGGAGGGUUUGUUUUGCUGUUAGCUGAAUAGCCGUUAGUUGACAUGUCUCCCCCACACAAUUCCUUUAGGAAAGCUAUCCAGGCCAGUGGCUAUUGCCACAUCUUGUAUAUCUUGUGAUGCUUGACAUCAUUAAUCUCAAUGGGCUCAUAGGACAUUAAUCUCAAUGGGCUCAUAUGACAUUAGUCAUAUGAGCCCAUUGAGAUUAAUGGUGUCAAGUUAGUCAUGUCUGUCUACUUCAAUGGGUUUACUCAGAGUAUAAUUAAAACGGGAUACAACCUGAAGAUUAUUUUAACUGUCCAAACAUUAUGUCUGGAUAAAGUGUUAUACCUUUAUAUUUCGCCUCCCAAAGGUGACCUGAAACUUGUGACAGCUAAUGGUGGCUAGACUAGUAAUAGCAAACAAUUGGAAAUCUGACAUUUCACUUGGCAUAUUGCAAUGGCACAAGGAAGUGUGAGGAUGUAGCUUUGUUAACAAACCUUUCCUGUUGCCAAUGAGACAUUGAAGGAUGUGUGUGAAAUAUGUUUAUUUUUUUAAAAAAUGGAGCUUCCUUGUUACUAGAAUUUUAAAUUCCAAUACAAAUUCAUUCUUACAGUCUGACAUUUUGCAUUUAAAUCAUAAAAGUGGCCAAUUAUGCCUAAUGGGCAACAAAGCCAUGCUUUUUAAAAAAUUAAAGAAAUCAGAGUUUGCUGUUUUGGUUGUGAUCAAUAAUUUUAUAGUUUAUAGAUGAAAUCGUUUUUGUGUUGUAAUUUAGCGAUAAAAAGCAUUGUAUUUUACCUUUCAGUUUAUAAAAAAAGUUCAGCGGCUAACAUAGUAGAAUAUUAUGUUUUGUAAUAUACAGUGGUACCUUGGGUUAAGUACUUAAUUCGUUCCGGAGGUCCGUUCUUAACCUGAAACCGUUCUUAACCUGAAGCACCACUUUAGCGAAUGGGGCCUCCCGCUGCCAGAGCAUGAUUUCUGUUCUCAUUCUGAAGCAAAGUUCUUAACCUGAAGCACUAUUUCUGGCUUAGCGGAGUCUGUAACCUGAAGCGUAUGUAACCUGAAGCAUAUGUAACCCAAGGUACCACUGUAAUCUGUUUUGUCAUUUAUAUUUUUAUCAUAAUGAGCUAAACACAUGAUGGCUGGCAAAUAUAGCUCAGACAAGGGGGAGAUGAGGAUUUUACAAGGCCAGCAGCUCAAAUGCCUGUAAAGAAAAAAUGGGUCUUGGUACAUGUUUUUGGGUGAUGCCCCCAAAUAUGGUCUGGUAAAUAGUUCACCAGCUGGGCUGACUGAAGAUGUUCUGGGGGCUGUAUUAGCAAAUUGCAACCCUACAUCACUUUCUGCUAAUAAAGCCCAGGGCCCAAGUCAAGUCACCAGCAAGUUCUUCUUCACGACAACACUGCUGUCUUGCCCUUGAAUAAGCUUCUGUUCAUUUGUGAAGGAAAGCUGUCUCCAGAUCUGUGUCCCCUAAUGGUUACCAAAGCCUCUUGCCCCAAUACCAUCAGAAUUCCACUUCUGCCCCCAAAUAAUAGUAAUAUAAUAAUAAUAAUAAUAAUAAUAAUAAUAAUAAUAAUAAUUUAUUAUUUAUACCCCGCCCAUCUGGCUGAGUUUCCCCAGCCACUCUGGGCAGCUUCCAAUCAAGUGUUAAAAACAAUACAGCAUUAAAUGGCAGUGCUUAAUUUUUCCAUGGAAAAUUUGACAUUUCGUUGGCUCAAGAGGGACAAUUAAUGGAUGCAAUUAAUUACAGGUGCAAGAACCAGCUUUGCUUAUUCGAUACAAGGAAAAGAAACAUUGCUAAAUUAGAUCAUGCUCCAGGGCGUCAGAAACCGUUCUGAUGCAAAUCAGCACAAUUAGGAAUCAUUUUCAGUUUGGAGUUUCCCAGUGAACCCUCAUUGCUGUGCCUGAGAAUCACCUCUGUACACAGCUGGAAUGUUUGGGGAAAUGUUCUUGGUUGGUCUGAAAAUCUGCAAUGGGGUAAUGAGAUGGACUCUCCAAGCCUGCUGCACUAGGGGAGACAACAAGGACAGUUUGGUGUCUUUCCCCCCCACAACUGUGCCUCUGAUGAGUGGCAGCUUGAAUGUGUGCAGUCCAGGCAAAGGGGCAGGUACUCUCUUGCUGCAAAUAUGUUCUGAGGUUGACUCCAGUUAACCCCAGAUGGAAGCAGGGUCCCCAGCUAUAGUUGUAUUGGUGCAAAAUGCGUCAUUUUGUUUCAGCCUGUUGGCGCUGUGUUGAAUCUGAGCCGAGGCUCCCUCUGCCUUAACCCCGGGUAUUUAUUGACGAAGCAACAGAGAUGCGAAUCUCGUGAGUGUGUAUGAAGUUCAUUCGACUCACCACUGAGCAGGCCCAGCUGACUACGGCAUAAUUGGGGUUUGAGGCAUCCAGGGGUGAGACUCCCAAAUAAUCCCAAACCGUCAUCCAGUUCCCUUUUGUGUGCUGGCUGCCCGUCUUGCACUGACCUCUUUCCUGCCUCCUCCUCACGUUCUCAAAACUGGAAAAAAUGUGGGAGUGGAACGUGGCAUGUCUCAAGAUGCACUGGCGGCACUGGCAGGUCUAUCCUGAAACAGGUUCUGCUUGUCUUGGAAAUGUUGCCUGUGCAGUUUCUGAGAUUUCAGAAGAAAUCCCUGUGACCUUUCCAGGGAAGCUUCUUCCUGAGAGCAGGAAGGAAGCAGCCCUGCGCAUUGCAUUCCUGUUUAGUUGCGGACACGUCAUUGCACAAAAACCCUCCAGUGCUUCUGCCUUCCUUGACCAACUUUUUAAAUUAUUAUUAAACUGUUCUUUUUAUUCAUGAGGCUCUUGCUAGAACAAGGUUGUCUAGAAUCCACGUUCCCAUGACGAGCCAUUUCCACACCGGGGCUGGUUCCCAAUUCUAUGCCACUCUCCUGCUCCUGGCCCAAAGCGAGUUCGCAAUAAUGCCUUCCUUGCUCUCUUUGAGGCCUAUGCUGUUGAAUGUCGAUGCUUCCGUAUUUCAGAUAGACUGCUCCUGUUCCAGGCCUCUCUCCUAUUCCCCCACCAGAAAUGUUCGACAAUUGUGACUGGGCUGCCUCUGUGGGAGAGUUUCUCCUGCAAGUUCUUAAUGUCUUGGAAGCCUGUGCUGUAGUAACUCAGAGUGCAGGGCUUUCAGGGUGGCUGCCCUGCCCCUGUUCUGUGGAAUAGCAUCCUUGUCAAGAUAUAACAGGGCACCCACGACCUGCACUUUCCGGAAACAGCUGGAGAUAUUUUUGUUCUGCCAGGCUUCCCCAGCUGGAUAAAGGAUCUUUGCCACGUGUGUUCAUUUGUUAGGGUUUUAAUUUUGCAUUAAAUGCGUUAGCUGUUUUGCGUUUUUAACUCUUUUUUACAAUGCAAAUUGCCUUGAAAGUGGUUUAGAAGGUGAUUAAUGAAUCAAUUAUAAUAACCCCCACACACACUUAGCUCUAAUUGUCUGGGUAUUUUUUCCCCUCUCUCCUUUUCCCUCUUUCCAGAAACAAAUCUGUGAGUUCCAGGUCUGGUCCCGUCCAUGGCUCAGUGACACGCGACUGACACACAUGAGCUGCAGAGCAGCCAGUUCCUGAACGUCACGCCUGGGGGUGACUCGGAUGGACCUCGGCUUCCCUGCUGCCUGAAUGAACUCAGGCCAAAGCAUCAUUUCUGGGGGGCCGGUGCAAGCUUGAAACUAUCUACCCCACUCCUAUCUCAAGAAUGGAAAAUCACUAUUUUAAUUCUGAAAUCACAUUUCCCACAUUUCUAAAAUUGCACUGGGGCUUUUCUACCAUGCCUCCAAAUAUACUCCCUCUCUCUUUGUUUUGAUGGUCUUGCAAACCUCUUUUUUUCUUUGUAACUUGUUGAUUCAUCCCAGUAAAGGUAUCACUUUGUCAGUC